AUGCGACGCUUUACGCGAAUCUUCGGCCGAUACUUACAACCAUCACCCAGGACGAUCUCAUCUAUGAGUGGUAGUCCUGAUCUGUUCGAGUACACAUCCGGGCGCUUUUUGUUUAAUGGAGAUCUCCGCCGCACCGAACGCCGUAUUCAAUUCGACGUGGAUGCUCUCGCCAGAGUUGCCUGCCAAGCUGUCGGCCGACCCCUUGAUGGUGUUUCGAUCACAAAACUCGCCGAGGGGGGCUUCAAUCGUGUCUUACAAAUCACCUUCAAUGAUGGAUACACAGUUCUUGCAAGACUGCCUUACAAGUCGACCGUUCCAAGGCACUAUGCAGUGGCCAGCGAAGCUGCCACACUUGCAGUUCUGCGUGCUCAUGGGGUCCCAGUUCCUAAAGUCCUUGCGUACUCUCCGGAUCAGAACGCCAUUGGAACUGAGUAUCUUCUCCUUGAACGACUUGAAGGAACACCACUGAGUGACCAGUGGUUCUCUAUGGAUACCAAAACUCGGGUUAAAAUAAUGAGACAGAUUGUUGAUAUGGAAAGACGGUUCAUGAGUAUUCACUUCCCAGCAAGCGGAAGUCUUUACCACUCCCGUGAUAUUGACAGUUCACGACAAUUCUCUAUUCCACUCUCAGACGACAUAGUAAUUGGUCCAACUGCACAGCAUGAAUGGUGGUAUCAGGAACGAGCCUCUCUGGAUAUUGACCGUGGCCCAUGGAACAACUUCUCUACAUGCUUCCAAGCACCUGCUAAGCGCGAGAUUGAAUUUUGCGAAAAAUUUGGCAAGCCACGCCCACACGUCGAAAGAUACCUACGAGAACUGCACCAGUUUAAAAACCUAUCACCUAUUCCUUACCAACAUCUCCUUGCCAGUUAUUUGAAAUUAGCGCCCUACCUCGACAUUCCCUCCGACCACCGUAUGUCUCGCCCUACUCUUCGUCAUCCGGACUUUUCACCUAAUAAUAUCCUUGUAAAUUCCUCCAACGACGUGGUAGGGAUUAUCGACUGGCAGCACGCAGUCAUUCUGCCUCUAUGUCUAUGCGCUGGAAUUCCCAGUCAUUUUCAAAAUUGGGGGGAUCCACUAUCGGAGACCUUGUCUAAGCCCGAGGUUAAAUUGCCAGAUAAUUUUGAUCGACUUAGCCAUGAAGAACAAGAAACUGUUCAAGAGACGAUGAGGAGACGGAUUGUUCACUUUUACUAUGCUGCGCUGACCAUGAAGUACCUACCGGAUCAUUUCGACGCCAUCAGAACAGAAAAUUAUAUGCUUCGAGCAAAGUUCUUUCAUCAAGCACAGGCUCCCUGGGAAGGAGACUCUGUCUCGUUGAAAUACGCUAUGUUACAGGUCCUGAAGAAGUGGCCUAUGUCGCUGGAUGAAGGUGCAAGAUUUGUUGAGUGUCCAGUUCACCUUACUGAGGCAGAGAUACAGGAAUGCUUAGAGAGCCAUUGCCAAGAACAAGAGAAACUACAGGAACUUGAAGAGAUGAGAGAUCUUAUCGGGACAGAUGCCCUUGGCUGGGUUUCAGAUGAUGAUGAGCUUAAACGGUGCAGAGCUGUCAUCCAGAGCAUCAAGAGUGGUUUGAUGCAGCAUUCAAGCACCGAGAUGGAGAAAACUGCGAUCGUUUCUCAUUUCCCUUUCGAUGAUCAUGACGAACAUUGA